CCGUUCUAUGCUGGCCUUUAUCAUGCACGUUCUUGUUAGAAAAUGUGUGAUUUCUGACUUUCUAUCCUAUCUGCGAGUGGCCCUUUUGGGAAGGUUUAGUACCCGAGAUUUCUAUUAGGAGCUCAAGUGAAGAAUCGAAACUACUUGUGACUUUAGCUUACGAUAUGACUAAGAUCAACGAAUGUACUGCUCAUGCUGUGAGUAAGGAACGGUUGCCCUCGAUCGCUGAAUUAAUUCAGGUAUUUCGUACUGAUGAUUUAGCGAAGGUUUCAAAGGAUCCUAGACACCAAACUACGCCAAAUUACGAGCGAAACAAAAGAUUCAACGAAGUCAAGGAUGGUCCUUCUCAAGAUUAUCUGGAACUGUGUCCAAAGAAAAAGCCAUCGUUGCUCGAACUGAAAGAUAUUAAACCAGUCCAGAAUUUUAUGGACUCCUUUGAAUCCUUAGCAAGGUUACUAAAUACAUAUGUGCAGCAUACACAGAAUGGCAAUGAGGUUUCAGGGAUAAAGACAACGAAUGGCGAGAAGGUGCAAAGCUUCCCGGUAGAACUCAUGAACUUGGAAUUAAUUCAGAUGCUCCUUGAAUUACAGAAAAUAAAACAUUAUCAGAGGGUACAGAGGCGAAGCUCUCGGCUUGAACACAGGGGCAGAGUGGACAAUAGCAACAAGGAACAAAGGUCAUAUCUAGGAGAGGUUCUCCUGCUCCAAGUGAAUGCGCAAACUUCGAAGGACAAGGUUAAUGCAGAGCAAGGAGGACUUAAUUUAGGAUUAAGCUUGAAACAUGCGAUCAAUUGCCACCACUGUGGGUCUAACAGCACCCCCGAAUGGAGAAGAGGUCCUACAGGGAUGCGAACAUUGUGCAAUGCAUGCGGCUUGUUCUACUCAAAAUUGUGCAAAAGGUACAAUUCUGCAACAGCAAAUCGGAUUAUGAGAGAAAGGAAAUGCUCUGGUGAUAUCCAGAAUAGAAAAAUGUCGCUUUAAUUUAAAUGUAUGAGCCAUGCUGCUUGUUCUUUAGUAUAAGCCGAAACAACCCAAUCAACAAUAGCUUCGAAAGAUUACUUUGUAAAUGCCCAGAUUUGUAAGCAAAACUAGAUGCUGUAAGAUGUAAGGUUCCUUGCAAUUGCCAAAGAAGCAACUUUU